CGGCUCUUCAGUCUCGAGUCAGCCACAUAGAGAAGCACAAGCAAAAUCACGAAACAGCGCAAAUUCCCAAACAGCAUUCAGCACAGGACUUUCUUCUACACAGGAGCAGCAACGAGCAGUACUGAGAGAGAUUGCCACCAUCUUGGAAAAUUUUCAAAGUGCAAAUCCGGUGGAAAAGUGUGUCGUUUCGCGUUCGGGAAAACGUUGGCCAGUGUCGGCGCGUGGCCGCGAGGUGUCCGCGAGUGCCGCAAGUGACGGAAUGGUCCGGCCGGAUGGAGUUUUUCCACGGCCCCUGCGGGAUGGACCGCGGCAGUAAAAAUGGAUGAAAAUCUGCUGCCAAGUGAAGAGGAGCCCACAUCACGCCCACGUGAAAAAACGCCCCAACGGCGCCCCAAGGAUAUAGGCACCAAGUAGGCGUUGGGUGGUGGUGGUAGUGAUUAUGGAGUAGAAGUGCGAUUGCUGCGAUUUUUCGGGUUUCUUGGAUGGUCACCCGGAUCCGGUAAUUUACAGCGGGAACUAUGAAGCGCGGCUAUAAGAGAAGAUUCCUUCCGGAACUGCUGCUGGAAAUUGAUACGAACCAUUGAGGACGACCAUUCGUAAAGUGAAAUCUGGUUGUGUGAAAAAGUGGGUGUACUACUUAAUCGCGUCCCGAAUGGUGCUUCGCCGUCGUUUCGGGAGAAAAAGUGCUUCACAAAGUGUGUUUUUUUCCGGAAAAUCUCCUGGUGCUUCGAAUCGAUUGUAAAAAACAUUCAUAUUUUUUUUUGGGGAAAUAAUUGAUCCAAGUGUAACACGUCAGCAGUCGGUGGUGGUGUGAAAAACGGGAAAAUUCCGGGGAAGGAUUGUGUGCCAUUUCGAUUCAUCGAGUGUCUACCACCCCCGGAUUAAUCACGAAUCUGCCCACAUUCGCGCGGGGCGGACGAAGAAGACGUAGACGAAGACGACGACACCGACAGCGACACCAACGACAAGGUACAUACUACUACUUCACUAGCAGUAGCAUCAGCAACGCAAUUUCGGGUCCGCACAUCUGGAGCAACCCGAGUCGCCGCCGCCCACGACCAGCAGUGAGUGAGUGAUCAUGAGCAGCACCGUUGGGAGUGAUCUUAGUGAACGCAGCAGCAGCAGCAGAAGAAGCGGAAGAAGCAGGUGCAGGGGCAGCAGCAGUUGGGCGGCAGGAUUACUAAUUACAAGGAAUGGCAGCUUAUCGGGGCAGUUUAUCGGCGUGGUGGCCACCUUCUCGGCCCUCCUGGUGGUCGUCGGAGUUGUGGUCUGCGACGAGGACACAACCCCACACCCACUGGACCGACGGUACUCGCAGCCGAUCUCCUACCCAGGCGCCAACCAGUUCGUUGGCAUGCACAAACAGUACACGGCCGGCAAGGUGAAGUCCACCGAAAGCCGUCAAAAACCUAAACCGAACAUCAAGCAAAAACAAAACUCACGACCGCAGCUGCCGGCGGGCAAACUGGUACUAGCUCCCCGGCAGCACUACCCGCCGCCGUUCUCCAUCGGCCAAGAAGUUCCGGACGUUCGGAGCCAUCGCAAGGGAGUUCCUAUCUACGUUCCGCCCGGUUACGGAACCAUCUACCAUGGAAUCCACCGGGUGGCCGGAGGCGAGCGCACCGACAUAGACCUUCGACACCUCGGCCACAACGGAGGGCUGGAGUUCCCCGGCGAUAGGAUCUUCGUCCCCGAUGGCGAUCUGCUUGGGGAAGGUGGCGCAGGAAACGGGGACAAUUCGCCCGGGGUGGACAACUGCGACAUCAAGUGCGAACCGAGGGAGUUCAAGUGCGAGAAGAGCUGCGCCUGCAUUCACAUGGAUCUCCACUGCAAUGGACAGGCGGAUUGUAUCCUGUCGGAGGACGAGCAGGAUUGCGAUGCGAUGCAGCAGGAACUGUUCAAACAGUUGAAGGAUAGUUGCGAGGCGAGUGGAACGCACGUUAUCUGUGCAACGACUCAUACCUGCAUUGCAAAAGCCUGGCUGUGCGAUGGAGAUGAUGAUUGUGGGGACUUUACGGACGAGACGCACUGCAAGGAUAGUCGGCACGAUUGCAGCCCGGGGAAGUUCAUGUGCCAGAACGAAUUGUGCGUGCCGAUGGAGUGGGUCUGUGAUGGGGACGAUGACUGUAAUGAUCAGUCGGACGAAAGGAAUUGUACUAGGCAAUGCACCCAGGACGAGUUCCGCUGCCGGGACGGAUCCUGCAUUUCCGCUUCGUUCGAGUGCGACGGCGAACCGGACUGUAUCGACGAGUCGGACGAAAACGCCUGCGAUCGACCGAUGCAGAUCUGCCCGGACGGUGAGUUCAAGUGCAAGGGAACUCUGGGUGGACUGGGUGGUCCCGGUGGUCGUUGCGUCCUAAAUCGGUUCCGCUGCGACGGGGACAACGACUGCGGCGACUGGAGCGACGAGGAAGGCUGCCCCAAGAAGCAGGUCAUGUGCACGGCCAACGAGUUCAAGUGCGACGAUGGCGAUUGUAUUCCGGUGCAGUGGCGCUGCGACGACAAGCAGGACUGUAACAACGGGGAGGACGAGAAGGGCUGCCCGGUGGACAAGCUGGCCGGUCGGACCUGCUCGCCGGACGAAUUUACCUGCAAGGAUGGGCGAUGCAUUUUGCGCUCCUGGGUAUGCGAUGGAACCGCGGACUGCAAACGAGGCGAAGACGAACAGGACUGCGAGAUCAAGUGCGAGAUCAACCAAUUCGCUUGUUCAUCCAGUAGCCGGAACAGCUCCAGUGAUCCACUCUGCAUCAACCAGAAGAACGUCUGCGAUGGUCACAAGGACUGUGUCAAUGGCGAGGAUGAGCUGCGGUGUCCGAUCGUUCACCGCUGUGGAGCUCACAGCUCCUGCGAGCAGCAGUGUAUAACGGCCUACAGUGGACGUGAGGAGUGCAAGUGUCGAAUGGGAUUCCUACUGCAUGGCAAUGGCUUCAACUGUACCGAUAUCGACGAGUGUAAGAUCACGAGCAACCCGGUAUGCUCACAGGAGUGUAUCAAUACGAUGGGAAGCUACCGCUGCGAUUGCAAGCCAGGCUACGUUCUAAGACCUGAUAACAGGACUUGCAAGGCCGUUGGUGGAGCCGUCAAGCUACUGAUGGCGAAUCGUGCUGACAUCCGGCAAGUCUCGCUCAGCAAUAACCAGUACACGUCGAUCGUCAAAGGCCUACCGAAUGCGAUCGCGCUGGACUACCACUAUAAAAAGGAUCUACUGUUCUGGACGGACGUGUCGAUCGACGUGAUCAAGCGGUCUUACCUGAACGGAACUGGUGUAAAGGACGUUAUCAAGUGGGGGCUGGAGUCCCCUGGGGGCCUAGCCGUCGACUGGAUCCACGAUCUGCUGUUCUGGACCGAUUCGGGAACUCGGAGGGUUGAAGUGGCUACGUUCGAUGGAAAACUUCGGGCGGUGAUCGCUGCCAACGAUCUGGACAAACCCCGCGCGAUCGCUGUUCAUCCUGGACAGGCUACCAUUUUCUGGACGGAUUGGGGCACGGUUCCCAAGAUCGAGAGAGCCUACAUGGAUGGUUCGGUAAGGCGAACUAUAGUCUCCGAGUCGAUCUUCUGGCCGAAUGGCCUAGCGAUCGAUUACACAACGAAUCGUAUCUACUGGGCUGACGCUAAGCACGUCAUCGAAAGUGCCGACUUCGACGGCAAAGGUCGUAAGAAGAUCCUGAGUAACAACCUUCCACACCCAUUCGCCAUGACGCUGUUUGAAGACUCCAUGUACUGGACGGAUUGGCACACCAGAACUGUAUCGGCUGCUAACAAGGUGAACGGUCGGGGUUAUCGUAUUGUUCACGAAGGCCUACACUUCCCAAUGGACAUUCAGAGUUUCCAUCCAUCUCGUCAACCGGACUACCAGAACCGGUGCCCUCUGGACUCCAUGGGCCGUCGUGGUGGCUGUUCGCACCUUUGUCUGCCCAACAGCAACCACCGGAGAUGCGCCUGUCCGAUCGGUCUCUCGCUGAAGGGCGAUCAACGCACCUGUUCGAACGUCCCAGAUAAGCUGCUUCUGAUCGCUCGCAAGAAGGACAUCCGAGUGCGUCAACUCGACUCGGAUGAUCCCAGCAAGGGCGUGGACAUGGUGGUUCCAUUGGAUGGUAUCAAGUCCAACGUGGCGAUCGAUUGGUGCAGUCAGACGAACGUGAUCUACUGGACGGACGUAGGCAAGAGCAUCAUCAGCCGGGCGUUCAUCAACGGAAGCCAGCAGGAAGCGAUCAUCAAGUCGAACCUGAUCUCGCCAGCUGGAUUGGCCCUCGAUUGGAUCACCGAUAAGAUCUACUGGACCGAUGCGGGAACCAACCGGAUCGAGGUGGCCAGCACCGAUGGAAAGCAGCGGACCUUGCUGAUCUGGGAACGGCUGGACAAACCUCGGGAUAUCGUGGUUCAUCCUAGUGACGGCUACAUGUUCUGGUCGGACUGGGGCUCAAAUCCGUUGAUCGAGCGAGCCGGAAUGGACGGAAGUGGACGCGUUACCUUGGUCUCGGAGAACCUACAAUGGCCGAAUGGGUUGGCGCUGGAUACUGACAAUCAUCGACUGUACUUUGUUGACGGCGGUACGAAGCUGCUUGAGUUCGUCAACUUCGACGGAACAGGACGCAACCGGUUGAUCACCGAAGGUCUGAAGCACCCAUUUGGACUGGAUGUCUACGGACAGAAGGUCUACUGGACGGACUGGGAUACACAUAGCAUUCAGGUGGCGAAUAAGCUUACCGGACAGAACAAGACUGUGGUUCUGGCGAACAAUACGGAUCUGAUGGACAUCCGGGUGUUCCACCGAAACCGGAAGGACGUCCGAAACCCGUGUAAACCUCGCAAUGGAGGAUGUUCGUACAUUUGUCUGCUGAGUCCAACCAGAUACACAUGCGCAUGUCCCAUCGGAAUCCAACUGAACGACGACGCCAAAACCUGCAAGGACGGACCUUCCAAAUACUUGAUCUUCGCACACCGCAGUGACAUUCGCCAGGUAUCGCUGGACAGCGAUUACCAGAUCGACGUCGUUCUACCGCUGCCGCCGAUAACUAACGCUGUCGCCCUGGACGUGGACACCGUCACCAACGAAGUCUACUGGGCCGAUACGGUCGAAGAUGUGAUCAUGCGAUCCUCUCCGAACGGGAUGCACGUCAAACAGGUACUCAGCGAGAGCAUGGACAGCGUCGAUUCGCUGGUGAUCGAUUCGAUCGGUCGGAAGAUCUACUGGGCCGACUCGAACCGUUGCUCGAUCGAGGUCAGCGAACUGGACGGCAGUAUUCGAACGGUUCUGGUGUGGCACGAUCUUGAGCACCCUCGGGGAAUCGCACUGGAGUACGAUAGCGGGUACUUGUUCUGGUGCGAUUGGCGCAAGGAGCCGGUGAUCGAAAGGGCGGAUAUGGACGGUGAACACCGGAAGAGGAUCGUGACAACGGAUUUGGGCUUCGUAAGUGGUAUUGCGGUGGACAGCGUGGAGAACCGCAUCUACUGGACGGACUCGAAGUCCAAACGGAUCGAGUCAUGCGACUUCAAUGGUAACUCGAGGAAGGUGUUGCUGAACAACCUGUCGCAUCCGUAUGCCUUGACGGUGACCACCAGUACGGUCUACUGGACGGAUUGGAUAACCAAAGCUUUGCAUUCCGUUUCCAAGUUGAACACUAGCAAAGUUCGCAAAGUGGCCAAGGAUUUGGAAGAGCUCAUGGACGUCAAGGUUGUUCUAGGACCAACCGAUGUUCAGGAAGACUUCUGCGGAAAGAACAAUGGUGGUUGCUCGCAUUUGUGUUUGAGAACUCCUGGAGGAUAUAGCUGCAAGUGUCCAACUGGACUGCUUAUGAAGGACGGUAGCAACAAGGAGUGCAGAACGAUCCCUGAUGAAUACCUACUGAUCGCCCUCCGAUCCGGAAUUGGUCGCAUUUCCUUGGACACCCAGGACAUGUUCGACGUAGUCCUCCCAAUCGAAGGAGUUCACGGCGUAGUUGCACUUGACUACCACUUCGAUCGGAUGUACAUCUUCUACGCGGACGUCAACGUGGAUGCCAUCCGUCGGGUUAGCAUCAACGACUUCUCCAACACCAAGGUCAUCGUGAGCAGUGGUCUAAGCACGCCGAAUGGCAUCGCCGUAGACUGGUUGGCCGAUAACCUGUACUGGACGGAUGCGGCCUUGAAGAAGAUCGAAGUAUCUCGAUUGGACGGCACGUGCCGCAAAGCCGUACUGACCGGAGGUUUAGACGACCCCAGGUCGAUCAUCCUGUACCCAAAACGAGGCUUCAUGUUCUGGACCGACUGGGGCCAGGCACCGAGGAUCGAACGAGCCUACAUGGACGGGUCGGAGCGGCGCAGCAUCAUCGAUUCGGAGCUCGGUUUCCCCACGGGUUUGGCCAUCGACUUCGCGAUGAAGAAACUGUACUGGGCCGACGCUCAGCAGGAUCGGAUCGAGAUGUGUGACUUCGACGGGAAGCGCCGCACUCGGGUGAUCUCCCAGGCUGCACAUUCGUUCGGAUUCACGCUGACCGGUGACUACAUGUACUGGACCGACUGGCACAACAAGUCGGUCCUGAGAGCUCCGAAGCGAGUUGCCGCUCCAGUUGAGGAAGUUCGUUUCGGGCUACGAGGUGCCCUGGAGAUUCGCUCGGUGUCCGGAAGUCGUCAACCGCACGACUGGAACCCCUGUGGCCAGGACAACGGAGGCUGCAGUCACCUGUGCCUCUUUGCUGAGACGCGCUACGUCUGCGGUUGUCCAGAUGUUCCGGACGAGCGACACUGCCGUCUAGAUCCGGCCUUCAACGUACCGAUCAAGCCCAACGACGAGAUCACAUCGACCUCGGAACCCAAACCACCCGUAUCGAACGGGUCCACCAUGCUCAACAAGAACCGAAUGCACGCCCAGCUGGUCAUCAUCGCCACGGCCAUCGUGGCCGGUUUGCUCAUUAUAGUAGUGAUCGCCAUCCUAGUGCUGAUUGUGAAUUCCAAACGGAAACAGGCUAGGAAAACGUCCCGCAGCGGAAGUGACGUGCUGACGUUUACCAAUCCGAACUACAACGGCGUCGUCGAUGGGCUCUGCCAGCAUCAACAUCACCAUCCGGGCGAGCCGGUAUCGGCACGUAACACCAUCUGGAAACGGCUGAAGUACGAUCGAGCGCAGGAACGAGUGUACGAGGAGAAGUACCUGGGUCUCCCGCACGGCACCGCCACCACCACACUAAUUUCGCCUGCUUCGUCGUCGCAAAUUUCAUCCGCAUCGGCAAUUCUUCCAGGGUAAGAGCAAAUCCGAACGCAAACAGAAGCAGCAACGCUGACAUUUAAGUAGCAGUGAGAAACAGAAGAGCAGAAAAAAACAUCGUGUGAAACACGUGGAACUGAUCACAUCAACAACAAAAACUAAGAUUUAGAAGAAAAAAUGAAAACUGAAGCAACUGAUUCAAAUCAAUGAGACAUAUUCACACACACACACUCACUGAGAAAAUGAGUACGUUAAAAACCAGAAAAUCAAGGCAGCUAACAUUAGAAUGAAAUAAAGUGAGAGAGAGAUUAUUACACACUAAUAACUAGCAACUAAACGAGAAACCUAAGGUUGAGAUCGCAUAUAUAUAACAAAAAAAACUGACACAACUAAAUGAACAGACAUCAAAAGCGUUGAACUAUUUUUAGCAAACAUUUUUGUCUCCCGAAUUAUUAUUUUUGUAUUGGAGCAGCAUGCCAUGACGUUUUACACAGUCUUAUUAAGCAUUCUCACUCAACUAUAGGGUAAAGCAACCGGACAGCCAACGAAAAAAAAUCUAAACCUUGGGUGGGUCCACUACUGGACGAAAAGGGGCGAGACACUCUCGCUCCCCCCCUCCUGGUUGAACACGGGGAAAUGUGUGAAGUUGAUUUGACUAAAAUAGUAACAACAACAUUAUCGUAUAACUAGUGUGGUUAUGAAACUGGUUGUAACUUUUAUGAGCAGAAAUAGAAAUCUUAAAACAGGAAAAAAAGCUAAUCUCAACACACAGACACAUUCACACACACAGACACAUUCACACACACGCAAGCUCAUAAAAGAAAAGAAAAAUUAAGUAACUAUAGAAAUUUAUGAAUCCGAGAUGUGCUACCCGUUUGACAAGUGUCCGACCCCUUUUCUUGAUUUGUCAGCGCCUACUAAUUCCAUAGCAGAUGUUUCCACCAACAACGAUCCACACACACACACUGACACACAGAAUUUAAGAAGUAAAAAAAAAAACACUCGAUUGCUACGAUCUGUGUAAUUGAAAUUUAAAACAGUCGUUGACAGCUAUUGAACAUACAGAAGAAGAAAAAAACCACAACAGAAGUAAAGUAUAUUAUAUGAAUAUAUGAAUGUUUUAUAUAUUUCUAGUUUUUUAUACAUAUCCUGUGCAAACUACUGAAAUGAGACGGGGGCGAGACGAGCCAUGAGGGACGGGAACGGGGAGAGGGGCGAAGCCGCGAUUGAAUUGAGAUGAUGUACAGAGAGAAGCAUAACAAGUUUUGUAGUUGUUUGAUUAGUGAAACAUGUUUUGUUUUGUUUGUUUUUGACAGUUUAAGUUCCACACCCCUGGGGGUUUAACAUUUUGAAACAACAUGGCUGUGUGUGACGUUUGAGAGCGAGUUUGUUUACUUUGCUUUUGAGAUGUGGUGAUUUUUAUUUUGUUUACUAAGGAGAUUGUGAGAGGCCUGACGCGGCAACGCUCCAGCUGCGCUGUCAGGCAGGUCGUGGUCGCCGACGGCCCAAGGUCGAGAGAAAUGUCAUUUUAAUAAACAAACUUUAUUGAAGUAUUGACAUUACGAAUAAUGAGUAAGAAAUUUUGCAUAUAGAGAUACUUUAUAGGUAAUAAAGCGAUGCCAGAUCAAAUCUCGGUGUUGUGUAAAUAUUGGCAUCUAAUGAUACAAGGGACGGAAAGAGAGAGAGGAUAUUUUUACUUACUUCAAAACGCCAUUAUUUGUUGGGAAUUGAAACCGAAACGAAGCAGCCUUGUUUACAUUGUUCUAUUAACCAAGUUCAGUUUGACAGCAGAUUAAAACAGGAUAGUGUGUUUGUUUCGAACAGUAACAUCAAAUUCUCAAGCAAGAAACCGCGCAGUAAUUAGAGUUAAUAUAUGGGAUACAGUAAACAAAAAGAGAAGAUAAAUGUAAAUAUUAACACUUUCCUACAGUUGCAGUGAACAACUCAUUGAAUCGAUUGUAAGACAACUGAAUUCUACACAUACACAGACGCAUCUCUAACUCUAGUGUUAAGUGGAAUGGGAAGCGAGAAAACAAGUGAAACUUUGUGCCAAAAAAAAUCUAGCCCGGAAGAUGGCAACACGGCGCAAACGUCAGAUCGUUCUCCCGGCUCUCGGUCGAGCAGCUGUCGCAGUAGACGUUGAUCUCCAAAACCAACGCCGUUGGCGACGACGGUCGUCUUGGAGCCGAAGGCUGAGCGUUCAGCCGUCACAGCCUACUGUUCGCCACCCUUCCGGGUGACAGGAGAAACACUGUAAAAUAAAAUACUAUCUGCUCACUACGAAAAAUAUACAGAGUAUUAAACACAAAAGCGUUUUUUAAAAACAAAAUGAAAAUUUUCCACUAUAAAUGGAUAAAAGACUGAUUUGAUUCUCUGAGUUAUUAUGCUCUAUCGAUAUCAAUUGUUGAUGAGUCAAACCUUUACGUGAUAGGAAUUAAAAGUGUCACAUUUGAAGUUAGAACUGUUCGGUUUGUUUACAAUUCAGUUAUUUGGAAGAAAAAUCCGUUAUUCUCUCGCGAUAAGCGCUAGACGGAUUUCACAGUUUUCGCGUUUCUAACAACUGACGUUUAAACGAUAAAACGACAAAUUUUCUUCUGACUCAUUUCUUUACCAUUCGAAUCUAGUUUGAUGAAGUUUUUGAUAUAAUUACCUAGUGGAAAAAUAAAUUUGCUCAUAUAUCACUGUAUAAAUUUGACAAUAUAAUGAUCAAAUACUGAUGACAGAAACAGCUACAGCAACACACAGAAACCACAACUAAACUUGCUCAUAUAAAACACAUAACACCGACACAGGAAGCGGCGGUUGCCAUGCCAAAACGUGCGAAAAGUGAAACGUCAUCGGUGGUCUUUCGGGUUUUGUGACAACCUAGGGUGAGUGCAUCGAUUGAACUCGGUUAAGGGGCUCUAGAUCGAGUUUAAUCAACCAUAAACAAACGGCCCGUAGCUUCUCCACCCGAAAGCCACACACGCAGCAGGCGGAUUUGAAUGUCAGAGAAAACUGGAUUGUUUCAGUUUUACAAGAAGGCUUCGCAGUUGGCAUGGCAACACUGGAUUCAACAAACAACAACAAAGCAAAUACACGGAAAAAAAAAUGUUCCGCGAAAAAAUGUGUGAAUCGGUGACAGCAAGAAUCCGAAACUAAUCGCAUUUUCGUUCGGGAUUUAUCCAAUCUGGACACUCCAAAUGCGCGUUUUAGUGCACUUGGACAAAGCACACGCCUGAUUUCGAUUGAUCAUCGACACGUUUACGUUUUCGGGUUGUUUCUUUUAUACACUCACUCAUACACUGAAACUAAAAAAAAACUUAAGAUGGAGAUGCCAGUUAUAGGUAAAUGAAUAUAGCAAAACACAAACGCGACUUGGCCGCGAAUUUGGGGAUGAGAAACCAACAAAACGCGGCGUUGACUAGUAGCUGGCGAGGGGGAAUUUAACGGGAAGAUGAGCUAUUUACACUAAACGCAGUGCAAAGGAAUACAAAACAGGGGGACGAACACGAUGAAGAGGAAUCUCGCAGUGCAAAACAAACACGUUGUUAGAGCGAAAUUGUUUAUCUAUUGAGUUAGAGGAAUGUGAAUGAACAAAAGAGAAAAAACACGUCAAGUACACUCACACAAACAGAAACUUUAUUUUUUAUAUGAAAAUGAAACGAAAGAAAGAUGUGAGAAAACACUUUAAAAACACGUUUUAAUUGAAUACACAGAGGAAUCUCACAAAAAUGAGACAUAAAACACGAAGAGUAAAUGAUGGAAAAUAAAAGUGUAACUAAUUUUUACUAAAAAAAAGUGUAGUUAUUAAGCAAACCAACGCGCCCAACCCGGAAGUUUCGAGAAAUGAUUCCAGUUAAAAAUUACAAUUCGCCUCCACAUUGCAAAGGAAUCGUACAUAAAUGAAACUUCCGUACAAAGAAAAAAAAAAACAAUUUCCCAUAAAGUUCUCCGUUUUUGUUCCCAUUCAAUCGAACUGGUUGGGCGCGUGCCAGUCAAUUCAGUCCAUCGUACACCUCUCAAACAAGAAAAAAAAGCGCGAUUCCAAAGGAAAUCGCCACGGGCGGCAAGUGUGCGAGACACUGAAACAAAACAUUCCGCUGAAAAGCAUUGAUGAAAAAAAAACAACACAAAACUUUUCGGUUCCAAUUUUUGAUAGAUUGACAGUGAACAAAACAAAAAAAAAAACUUUAAUCAACAGACAGAAAAAAACACAAACACACGGAGAAGAAACAGAGAAACUUUAAUGCUUCGGCUGACGAAGAAAAAACAAAUCAAAGAAAAAAGUUUAAAACAUUAUAAACAGCCAAAAAAAAAAAGAAAGAAAAACAAACACCCAAAUGACAUGAAACCAAAAUGCUGUGAGGAAUUAAAUGAUGAAUAAAUAAAAUUAAAAAAACCAAAAACACAGAAGCAAACAAAGCAAACACGAACUAGUUGAAAGCGAAAAUAAAAAGAGAGAAAAAAGCAAGAAGAACAUCCACUUCGCGUGGAAGUUGGGAAAACAAAGACAGAGAGAAACAGGAACAUUUUCGGAAAAUGUAUGAAGGAAGGAGGAAAACCAACUUAAGGGUUGAGGUUGCCGCACAGAAGGCUAAAAGGGAAAGAAGCAGAAGGAGAAGCAGAGCGGUUCAAAAGCGAACGGAAAAAGCGCGAGUUGAAACUUAGUCCUGUGAACGUAAAAGAAAACAAAAAAACAAGAAAAUUAAUAAAUGUAUUUUAAAUGUUAAAUAA